AUGAGCCAAGAAAAAAAUGAAAUAUUUGAAAGUAAGUGGUCAAAAGAGAGAGAGAGAGAGAAGCAGUUGGCAUUUGGUCUUGACACUGCCGAGAAGGCCUUGAAAGUUGAAAGUGAGGAAUUGCAAAAAUCAAAGUCAGAGCUCAUAUGCCUUUAUAAUGAAGUUCACAAUCUUCCAGGGGCAUCAGAAAGCAGAGACCAUUUUUUAAUAGCAUGGGACCUAUUGCAAAAAGAGAAUUCUGAAUUAGAAACAAAGGUCUUGAAGCUUUCACAAGAAUUUGCACAAUUAAACAAUUUUACUCUAGGGGAAAAAACUACAACUGCUAAUUUAAUUAAAAGUGAAAAUAUCUGUAAAGAUCCUGAGUCUAACAAGCCAAUUUUGGAAGCAGAAAUUCAAACCCCAAAGGAAGAGAGAGAGGAAUUCUGUCUCAAAUUAGGAGAAAGAAAGCAGAAGGAAAUUCCAGAGGAGUCAGUAAAGGAGGGCACUUUCCCAAAAGAGGGGCAGAAGGAGGAGGGCUCACAACAGAAUGGAGAUAUGAAAGAUGAAGAAAAAGAACAGCAGUUGACCAUUAAGACUGAGGAGGUUGUGAGGCAUAGAGAAGAGCUGAGCCAUAUAAAUCAGAGCCUCCUUCAGUCUCAGAGCUCUGGGGAUAGUUCAGAUGACAGUGGUGCCCAGCAUCCAUCAUCUGGAGAAAAACUAAAAUACAACCAGCAAGAGGAAGUACAGCAACUUCGCCAGAAUUUGCACCGGCUCCAGGUUCUAUGCAACUCAGCUGAAAAUGAGCUUCGAUAUGAACGAGGGAAGAACGUGGACUUGAAGCAACAUAAUAGCUUACUUCAGGAAGAAAACAUCAAGAUAAAGAUUGAACUAAAGCAUGCCCAACAGAAGUUAUUAGACAGUACAAAGAUGUGCUCUUCACUCACAGCAGAGUGCAAGCAUUGUCAGCAGAAAAUCAAGGAACUGGAGUUGGAAGUACUUAAACAGACUCAGAGCAUUAAAUCACAGAACAACCUACAGGAAAAGCUGGCUCAGGAGAAAUCUAAAGUUGCUGAUGCAGAGGAAAAGAUUUUGGACCUGCAGCAGAAAUUAGAACAUGCUCAUAAAGUCUGUCUCACAGACAGUUGUAUUUCAGAGAAGAAGCAGCUAGAGGAAAAGAUAAAAGAAGCAACAGAAAAUGAAGCUAAAGUAAAGCAACAGUAUCAAGAAGAACAACAGAAGAGGAAACUCCUGUAUCAGAAUGUAGAUGAGUUACACAGGCAAGUGAGAACCUUAAAAGAUAAAGAAAAUCUCCUGGAAAUGACCUGUUCUCAGCAACAAUCCAGAAUUCAGCAACAAGAGGCCCUACUUUCACAACUGGAAAAUGAGAAAAGAAAAUAUGAUGAGCAUGUCAACAGCAACCAGGAAUUAUCAGAGAAGCUGGCUACACUACAGCAAGAGAAAGAAGCUCUACGUGAAGAAUAUGUGCGAUUAUUGAAGCUGCUUGAUGUCCAUGUGAGAAACUAUAAUGAGAAACAUCACCAACACAAAAUCAAGCUUCAAAAAGUCAAGUAUCGUUUAACUAAUGAAGUAGAACUACGAGAUAAGAGAAUUAACCAAUUUGAAGAUGAAAUUGGAAUCCUGCAACAUGAAAUAGAAAAGCAGAAGGCAAUACAGGACCAGAUCACUGCCCAAAAUGAUACCCUGAUUUUAGAAAAAAGGAAACUUCUGGAGCAAGUCAUAGAGCAAGAACGUUUGAUCCACAGUAACAAAUGGACGAUAUCUUCAAUCCAGAGCAGGGUACUUUACAUAGAUAAAGAAAAUAAGCAAUUACAUGAAAAUAGUCUUCGUCUCACACAGCAAAUUGGCUUCUUAGAGCGAAUUAUAAGGAGCAUUCAUAUUCGCAGAGGAGAGAAUCUUAAGGAGUUUCCUGUUCCAAAAUGGUGGCGUAGAGGCAAGCUGGCUUCUCUCCCCCCAACAAAAAGAGAGAAAGAAAUAUACAGCACUGAGGUUGUCACCAGCAAUAAUACAGAGCUCCAGCAUGAGGAUGAGUCCAUUCCUGAGGUCAUAGAGAAGUGGAAACAUUCUGAGCAGAUGGAGACAACAAUUAGUGACAUCUUUGAAUCUAAAGUAAUGAAUGAAGUAUUGCCUUUAUCAAACUCCAGUUUUUCAGGAAAAGGUUUGGUAGAGUCAUUUGUAAGUCUUCAAGAGACUGAAGAGCUUAAGUCAAAAGAAGCAAUGGCAAGUUCAAAGUCCCCUGAGAAUCUUUUGUGUUCACAGAAUUCUGAGGCUGGAUACAUAAAUGUGGCUUCUCUGAAAGAGACACGAGGUAUACAAGAACAAGACCAAAAGUCAGAGCUAUAAAAUCACUGUUGCCUAAAUCUAUACUGAACAAAAUUGCUAACUUAGAGCCUGGACACAAAAGUGGACCAUGACAUUGGGAAGAGUUACCACAGAUCCCAAAUGGAUGUCAACCGAGUGUCUUCAGAAUUGCUGAUAAAUUCAUUAAAGCCAUUCUAAAAGUGGA